GAAGGCAGCGGGGCGUCAUCUGCCAGUGGAUCGUCAACGGGGUCUGCAUCUGUCUCUUCAACGAACGAAAAUGGCGGUGGUGCAGGAAGCAGUUCGUCAUCUGCCGAACCAGGGUCUGCAUCUGGGACUUCUGAAACAGGGUCUCCAUCUGGGACUUCCGGGAACGAAAGUGGCAGCGGUGGUGCAGGCGAGGUGUCCGGCUCCAGCGUGACAAGCACAGGGUCUUCAAGUUCGACAUCGACGACAGUAACUGGAGGUGGCACUGUAGGCGGUGAGUCAGUUUCUGGAGUGACAAGUGGAGGUUCUACAGUCGAGACAGGGAUGACAGGACAUGAAGGUGGCGAAGGCAGCGAGGCGUCAUCUGCCAGUGGAUCAUCAACUGGCUCUGCAUCUGUCACUUCAACGAACGAAAAUGGCAGUGGUGCAGGAAGCAGUUCGUCAUCUGCCGAACCAGGGUCUGCAUCUGGGACUUCUGAAACAGGGUCUCCAUCUGGGACUUCCGGGAACGAAAGUGGCAGCGGUGGUGCAGGCGAGGUGUCCGGCUCCAGCGUGACAAGCACAGGGUCGUCAAGUUCGACAUCGACGACAGUAACUGGAGGUGGCACUGUAGGCGGUGAGUCAGUUUCUGGAGUGACAAGUGGAGGUUCUACAGUCGAGACAGGGAUGACAGGACAUGAAGGUUCACCGGUUCACUCCUCCUGCAAGCCUCCCCGUCCACCGCCCUCGCCUCUCGCACCACCCCGCACCCCUACCAUUCCUACCGAGAAUCACUCUCGCCCCACUGCGAGGGCACGUGAUCAUCGAUACGCCAGCCCCGGACACGAAAGCCUCGGCCAACAACAGCUGCGCUGGUAG